GAUCCGAUUCACCAUCUCCCUCUCCCCUAAUUUUCUCCCGUUCCGACCCCUUUCGAAGCUCUCGAGGGUUUCAGAUCUACGGCCCUCGUCCCUCUCCCCUCCCCCGAAACCCUAGUCGCUGCGCUCUAGGGGGAGCUUCGAUCCGGGUCGCCAUGGCGGCGGCGAACGCUCCGAUCACCAUGCGCGAGGCGCUUACGCUUCCGAGCCUCGGUAUAAAUCCCCAAUUCAUUACUUUCACGCACGUCACUAUGGAAUCGGAGAAGUAUAUUUGCGUCAGGGAGACCUCACCGCAGAAUAGUGUAGUUAUCAUUGAUAUGUCUAUGCCGAUGCAGCCGCUGAGGAGACCGAUCACAGCGGAUUCGGCUUUGAUGAAUCCGAAUAGCAGAAUUCUUGCUCUUAAAGCUCAAGUACCUGGAACUGUUCAAGAUCAUCUACAAAUAUUUAAUAUUGAAAUGAAGACUAAAAUGAAAUCUCAUCAAAUGCCUGAGCAGGUUGUAUUUUGGAAGUGGAUCACCCCAAAGAUGUUGGGGCUGGUUACACAAACCUCCGUGUAUCACUGGUCAAUUGAAGGUGAUUCGGAGCCUGUCAAAAUGUUCGAUCGGACUGCUAACCUGGCAAAUAAUCAGAUCAUUAACUACCGGUGUGAUCCCACGGAAAAAUGGCUAGUUUUGAUUGGAAUUGCUCCUGGUGCUCCAGAGAGACCUCAACUAGUGAAGGGUAGCAUGCAACUUUUUUCUGUUGACCAACAACGUAGCCAGGCACUCGAAGCUCAUGCUGCAUCCUUUGCAACAUUUAAGGUUGCUGGCAAUGAAAACCCGUCCAUUCUUAUUUGUUUUGCGUCAAAAACCAUGAAUGCCGGUCAGAUUACUUCAAAGUUGCAUGUCAUUGAACUUGGUGCCCAGCCAGGGAAGCCUGGGUUUACGAAGAAGCAAGCAGAUCUGUUCUUCCCUCCGGAUUUUGCCGAUGACUUUCCUGUGGCAAUGCAGAUCUCACAGAAAUACAGUUUGAUCUACGUGAUCACAAAACUUGGUCUUUUGUUUGUCUAUGAUUUGGAAGCUGCUACAGCGGUUUACAGAAACCGAAUCAGUCCUGAUCCUAUAUUUCUGACAGCUGAGUCUGCAGCUAAUGGUGGCUUUUAUGCUAUUAAUAGGAGAGGACAGGUUCUGCUUGCUACCGUUAAUGAAGCAACUAUUGUCCCGUUUGUCAGUGGUCAGUUGAACAAUCUGGAGCUUGCUGUGAAUCUCGCUAAACGAGCAAAUCUUCCUGGGGCAGAGAACUUGGUGGUCCAGAGAUUCCAAGAAUUAUUCUCACAGACUAAAUAUAAGGAAGCUGCUGAACUUGCUGCAGAAUCUCCACAAGGCAUCCUUAGAACUCCAGAGACUGUUGCAAAAUUUCAGAGCGUUCCAGUGCAAGCUGGGCAAACACCACCACUGUUGCAGUACUUUGGUACAUUGUUGACAAGAGGGAAGCUCAAUGCAUUUGAGUCCUUAGAGCUAUCUCGUCUGGUUGUGAAUCAGAACAAAAAGAAUCUAUUGGAGAAUUGGUUGGCAGAGGACAAGCUUGAGUGCAGUGAAGAACUUGGGGAUCUUGUCAAGACUGUCGACAAUGAUCUUGCGCUGAAGAUAUAUAUAAAAGCAAGGGCUACUCCAAAAGUUGUCGCUGCUUUUGCUGAACGAAGGGAGUUUGACAAGAUUCUUAUUUACUCCAAGCAGGUUGGAUAUACACCAGAUUAUCUUUUCCUUCUGCAGACAAUUCUGAGAUCAGAUCCUCAGGGGGCAGUUAAUUUUGCUCUUAUGAUGUCACAAAUGGAGGGUGGUUGUCCGGUGGAUUACAACACAAUCACUGACCUCUUCCUUCAGAGAAACAUGAUCAGAGAGGCAACAGCUUUUCUAUUAGAUGUAUUGAAGCCAAAUCUACCCGAGCAUGCUUUUCUUCAAACCAAAGUUUUGGAGAUCAAUCUGGUGACUUAUCCCAAUGUUGCAGAUGCUAUUUUAGCUAAUGGGAUGUUCAGCCAUUACGAUCGCCCUCGUAUAGCUCAGUUGUGUGAAAAAGCUGGAUUGUAUAUGCGAGCCCUUCAGCACUACAGUGAGUUGCCUGAUAUCAAACGUGUUAUUGUGAAUACUCACGCGAUUGAGCCACAGGCAUUAGUGGAGUUCUUUGGUACUCUUUCGAGGGAAUGGGCAUUAGAGUGCAUGAAAGACCUUUUACUUGUCAACCUGAGAGGAAAUCUCCAAAUCAUAGUUCAGGCUGCCAAAGAAUAUUCUGAGCAACUAGGUGUGGAUGCAUGCAUAAAACUAUUUGAGCAAUUUAAGUCUUAUGAAGGCCUUUACUUCUUUUUGGGUUCAUAUUUGAGUUCCAGUGAAGAUCCAGAUAUACAUUUCAAGUAUAUUGAGGCGGCCGCCAGGACUGGACAAAUUAAAGAAGUUGAACGUGUAACAAGAGAAUCUAAUUUCUAUGACCCGGAGAAAACGAAGAACUUCCUGAUGGAAGCAAAGCUUCCUGAUGCACGUCCUCUGAUAAAUGUCUGUGACCGUUUUGGUUUCGUUCCAGAUUUGACACACUACCUGUAUACAAAUAACAUGCUUCGCUAUAUUGAAGGAUAUGUUCAGAAAGUAAACCCUGGAAAUGCUCCUUUAGUCGUAGGACAAUUAUUGGAUGAUGAGUGCCCUGAAGAUUUUAUCAAAGGUCUUAUUCUUUCUGUACGAUCUCUCCUUCCGGUUGAGCCACUUGUUGAUGAAUGUGAGAAGAGGAAUCGCCUGAGGCUACUCACACAAUUCUUGGAGCAUCUUGUGAGUGAGGGGAGCCAAGAUGUGCACGUUCACAAUGCUCUUGGGAAGAUCAUCAUUGACAGCAACAAUAACCCUGAGCAUUUCCUAACUACUAAUCCUUAUUAUGAUUCGCGUGUGGUCGGUAAAUAUUGUGAAAAGAGGGAUCCGACCCUUGCUGUUGUUGCUUAUAGACGAGGCCAGUGCGAUGACGAGCUUAUCAAUGUUACAAACAAAAAUUCACUGUUCAAGCUUCAGGCAAGAUAUGUUGUGGAAAGAAUGGAUGGUGAUCUUUGGGAGAAAGUUCUUGUUCCAGAAAAUGAAUACAGAAGACAACUCAUUGAUCAAGUUGUUUCUACUGCAUUACCUGAAAGCAAGAGCCCUGAGCAAGUCUCUGCGGCUGUUAAAGCUUUCAUGACAGCUGAUCUUCCACAUGAGCUGAUUGAGCUUCUUGAGAAGAUCGUGCUGCAGAACUCCGCAUUCAGCGGGAACUUCAAUCUGCAGAACCUGCUUAUCUUAACAGCCAUCAAGGCCGACCCAUCUAGGGUUAUGGACUACAUUAAUAGGUUGGACAACUUUGAUGGGCCCGCUGUUGGGGAAGUGGCGGUCGAAGCACAGUUAUAUGAGGAAGCCUUUGCCAUAUUCAAGAAGUUUAACUUAAAUGUUCAGGCUGUAAAUGUCCUCCUGGAUAACAUCCGGAGCAUAGAGAGAGCUGUAGAAUUUGCAUUCCGUGUUGAAGAGGAUGCUGUUUGGAGCCAAGUCGCUAAGGCUCAGUUGCGUGAGGGGUUAGUUAGCGAAGCCAUUGAGUCAUUCAUUCGUGCAGAUGAUACAACACAUUUCCUUGAAGUUAUCCAGGCUGCCGAGGAGGCCAAUGUUUACCAUGAUUUGGUGAAAUACUUACUGAUGGUGAGGCAGAAGGUUAAAGAGCCGAAGGUGGAUGGCGAGCUCAUUUAUGCUUAUGCAAAGAUUGACAGGCUUGGUGAAAUUGAAGAAUUUAUUCUUAUGCCGAAUGUUGCCAAUCUCCAAAAUGUUGGUGACCGGCUGUUUGAUGCUGCCCUUUAUGAAGCUGCUAAGAUCAUAUUUGCAUUCAUUUCUAACUGGGCUAAGCUGGCCAGCACACUGGUUAAGUUGAAGCAGUUCCAGGGUGCCGUUGAUGCUGCUCGCAAAGCGAAUAGCUCAAAGACAUGGAAGGAGGUUUGCUUUGCUUGUGUUGAUGCGGAGGAGUUCCGCUUGGCCCAAAUAUGUGGUUUGAAUAUUAUUGUACAGGUGGAUGACUUGGAAGAAGUCAGUGACUACUACCAGAACAGAGGAUGCUUCAAUGAGCUGAUUUCUCUCAUGGAGAGUGGCCUCGGGUUGGAACGGGCACACAUGGGCAUCUUUACAGAGUUGGGAGUUUUAUAUGCUCGAUAUCGGCCAGAGAAGCUUAUGGAGCACAUCAAACUGUUCUCCACUCGUCUUAACAUUCCUAAACUCAUCCGUGUUUGCGAUGAGCAGCAGCACUGGAAGGAGCUCACCUAUCUCUACAUACAAUAUGAUGAAUUCGACAAUGCAGCAACAACUAUUAUGAACCAUUCUCCGGAUGCCUGGGAUCACAUGCAGUUUAAAGAUGUUGCUGUCAAAGUUGCAAAUGUUGAGCUCUACUACAAGGCGGUGCAUUUCUACCUGCAGGAGCAUCCGGAUCUCAUUAAUGAUCUUCUUAAUGUGCUUGCACUUCGUGUGGACCAUACUCGUGUUGUAGACAUAAUGCGCAAGGCUGGCAAUUUGCAUCUGGUGAAGCCAUACAUGGUUGCAGUUCAAAGUAACAAUGUGGCAGCUGUUAAUGAAGCAUUGAAUGAAAUUUAUGUUGAAGAGGAGGACUAUGAUAGGCUACGUGAGUCAGUUGAUAUGCAUGAUAACUUUGAUCAGAUAGGUCUUGCACAGAAGCUUGAGAAGCAUGAACUCCUUGAAAUGAGGCGGAUUGCUGCAUACAUUUACAAGAAAGCAGGGAGAUGGAAGCAGUCCAUUGCCUUGUCGAAGAAAGAUAACAUGUACAAGGAUGCCAUGGAGACAUGUUCACAGUCUGGUGACCGCGAGCUCUCUGAAGAGUUGCUCAUAUAUUUCAUUGAGCAGGGAAAGAAGGAAUGUUUUGCUUCUUGUCUCUUUAUUUGUUAUGACUUGAUCAGGCCUGAUGUUGCACUUGAGCUUGCGUGGAUGAACAAUAUGAUUGACUUCGCUUUCCCAUACCUCUUACAGUUCAUUCGUGAGUACACUGGCAAAGUAGAUGAGCUUGUCAAGGACAGGAUUGAAGCACAAAAAGAGGUGAAAGCUAAAGAGCAGGAAGAGAAGGAAAUGGUGGCGCAACAGAAUAUGUAUGCACAGCUGCUGCCUCUUGCUCUGCCGGCCCCACCAAUGCCUGGCAUGGGAGGUGGUCCUGCCAUGCCCGGAUCAUUUGCAGCCCCCCCUUCAAUGGGUAUGCCGCCCAUGCCGCCAUUCGGCAUGCCGCCAAUGGCAAACUAUUGAGAGACAUUUCUUCUUGGUUGUUUUUCCCUAGAGCAUGAGGAUUCUCUCUCUCUCUCUCUCUCUCUCUCUCUCUCAUAGAUAUAUUAUGAUUAAUUCACUAGCAGUGCUUAUGUAGAGAAGAAAGCUGAUAUUCUUUUUGGAAGCAGGACACUUUUGACUUCCGUAUUGAGCCUGAGGUUUUAGUCUUUUUAUGGUGCGAUCUAGGUUUUUGUAUGAUUUGCGGUGUAGUGCCAUUUUGUAUAGGGGGAACAAAUAUUUGGUAGACUCGUCCUUCGUCUUGGACUUGAGGAAGCCGUGAUCUGCUGCUUCAUUAGGGGGUUUUAUUUUUCGCUUGAAUUCCUUCCAGGUUGUGUAUUGGAUUAGCUUGAUAUUUUUAUAUACUUUAUCCUGCUUGUUUUUAUGUUUU